GGCGCAUCUCACUCGCCCUUUCGUCCCAAACCACAUCAGCGUGCAUAUCUCCCCUUCCUCCUCCACGCAGGCCUGCUGCAACGUUUCCCAGCAGUCGUAGCCCACUAGUAACAAUUGCUCCACCCGCAUCCUCUCCAGCCGUCGCACACGCGGAAGCCAGGGCGCAGACUUCCCGAUCGACCAUGUUCUUAAGAUAAUUAUGUGCACAUGUCCGCCAUCCCAGUGUCUGACCUGGGCCUCAACUCGAGCGAGAGCAGAUAUCUCCAGCAGCAAAUCGCCGCCUCGCAGCAAGGCUCCAAUUCCUCGCGCGCUGCCUCUCACGCCUCCAGCCAAGGCCGUCUCCUCCUGGAUCCUUCUAGUUUGCAGGCGCUCAGCGCCCACUUUGACCGUUUGAUGUACUCCAUCCAGCAGCGCUGGCAGUAUCUCACCCAGCAGACACAAACAGCAACCCAAAUACAGUACGACCGCGCUGGCAACGCCAUGCAAAUGGCCGACGCUGAAAUCGCCCGCUUCCGUGCCAUCCUCCGCGAAAUCGACGAGCUUCAAGUGGAAUUCGACAAAGUCCGUCGCAUUGGAGAGAUCGUCAAGGGCUUCAAGUCGCGCGUCGACCGUCUAGACCGCCGGAUAUGAACGCAUUCCAGUGCGCUGGACCGGCACCUCCCAGUACCGCAAGCUACCUUACACCCACCGACCUACCUACACUCCUUUACCACUACGAACAGACAUACCUCGUCCCCAAGGACGCACACACACUAUACCUACUAAGAAUGGAAAGCCUCGCGGCAUGGAAAACACUGGGGGAUACCUGAGAAAUUGGAAAGCCUCACGGCUAAUGGCGUUUCGGUUGCCUUUUGCAGGAUGUUUUGCUUUUGGGGAUACCCACGUCUUGUUUUGCUCGUGUCUCAGUUUGAUUCGUAUACCAUACCCAUCUCGUGUCGUU